AUGGCCAAGAGGAAAUAUGGCAGGUCUUAUUCCCUCGAUGAUACAGAUGUCAGCAACAACAAAGUCCUGAUAGUACCAACUGGAAAAGGUACCUCGAACGCAACCACUGAUUUCUCUGUUAGGAAGGCACAUGCUUGUGAUAGAUGCAGGUUAAAGAAAAUUAGGUGUGAUGGUCUGAAACCAAACUGUUCAAAUUGUACGAAGAUUAAUUUUCCUUGCAAAACUUCCGACAAGUUAUCGAGAAGAGGUCUUCCUAAGGGAUACACUGAACUUUUGGAAAAGGAAAUCGUCCGCCUGACAAAUUUGAAUGCGAAUUCCACGGUAAAUGCAAAUUCUAAUUUACCAUUCAUUAAUGAUACUUUUUAUUGUUUUGAUAACUACAAUACUCGGACUGCAAAUGAAAGAUUCUUGGGUCAUUUGACAUGGAAUAUACUAACAAAUAAUAUUCCUAAUUCAAUUACAGUAACAUCUUUUAACGAUCGCAAUCAAAUUGAUCUGCAACUACAGUUAUUAACCGACUUUUUGAAUCUGAAUGCUGAUUUUAAUUAUCUUCCAAAAUUUCUCUUACUUAAAUAUAACUAUAAUCUUCAAUUUUUGAAAAAUUUGCUAUCAGUCAUCAUUAAAGAUUUUUUCAAAAGGCAAAAUUCGUUACUGCUUCUAUUAUACCCUUCAAAUUCAUGGAAGAAUUUACUUUUAGAGACGAUUAAUUCAACUACAGAUGCUACUGUAGAAGAACCGAUAAGUUUACUAACUUUACUUUAUAUUAUCCAAUUUACUUGGUCUUGUUUUGAUGAUUUUAGGCUUUUUAAGGUCACAAAAGUAAUCAUUUCUUUGACUACUAACAACACUUUAAGCUUGAAGGUUUUGCAAUUGAUUAACUUAUCUACUUUCUAUUUUAUGGGCGGCUCCGUUGACUCUUGUAAAAGUAAAAGUUCGUUAACAGGAAGCUCAAAUGUAGAUUCCGUAAUAUGGACAAAUGAUUUACUAAAUUUAAACUUCGCAAAUAUAUUGAACAUGGGAUUAUACAUCAACUCGAAAAACCUAAUUCCCCUAUCUGGCAGUAAUGAAAAUUGUAAACCAAAUGAAGAGGAUGAUAGAUUAGUGACAUUCUGGUGCUUUCAAUUUCUAAACUCAUGGUGGUCUUUAAUACAAGGUUUACCAAAGUCUAAUUUUCUAGUUGAAGAGUUUCAACCGAAGUCGGUUUCAGUUUUAGAAAUUCCCAAGUUGAAACCUUUCAAAAUUUUGCUUAACUUUAUCAUAAAUUCAUUGGAUGGAUGUAAUUUGCUACAUUUAUCUUCAUUAGGGAUUUCGGACCCAAAUUUUCAGCUCUUACAAGAUGAACUGGAAGGCUUCAAAAAGAAUUUACUACUUUGGAAUCUCUAUCAUAACUUAAGCGAUCACGAUAAUUUCCGAUUCUUAACAGCGGACCAAAGUGUUGAACUGACAACAAAUUCAUUAUUGGAAAAUUUAACCUGUUUAAAUCAUAAGCUCAAUCAACCUGACUUUGUGGAAAUCCAAUUAACCUUAUUUUACCUCAGUUUGAAAUUAAUAACUCUAAAGGAAGAAAACCAAGAGUCAAGAAAAGAGGACAUUUCAUUAGAAAUUUUGACGCUGUACUUUUUGAUUUUAACAGAUAACUCUAAUAAUGAUGAUAAUCAACAAUUACAACCACAGCAACUUAAUCUCUACCAUUUUACGCCAUUUAAUAGUAUUGACAUUAUAAACUUAUGUUUAAAUAAUUUAAACAAUUGGGCAAUAUCACUUAAAUAUGAAAAUAAUCAAAAUGAACCUCACUUAAGUAGAAGAAAGUUUGGGAACUUUCAAAACUUUCUGAACCAUUGGUGUUCAGUGUGGUAUUAUGAUGAACUUUCCACAAAUGCUUUUUUCCAAGUUCUCAAAAUAAAUUUCAAGUUACUGCCCCUUGAAACAAUCCAAUCUUCAGAUCAUAAACAACAACUGCUGAUAAGUUCUAAUAAAUUAAAGUAUCUGAAUUCAGUAGCGAGUUUUAAUUCAAGUUCGCUUAAAUCGAAUCACACAUCAAAGAUCAACACUCAGUUAAACCUAUUACAGCACUCAAAUAUCAAUUCCAAUUUUCUAGAUGCAUCUCCAAACGAUUUCAAUAAGAUUUUUAUGAACAACUUUGAGAACUAUGACUACGAGACAGACGAAGGAUAUGCAGAAGAUGACGAUGAAGAAGAGAGUGACAGCGACAAUAGUUUACCUCUAGAGAUCCCUUUUAAUAGAAAUAAAACUAAAUUCAAGAAUAAGAAUAAAGAGCCUCAACGAAAUUUACCUUUAUUUCAAAGCAGAAAUAACAACUCCACGAAUUUCAGUGCGGAUUCAGAUUUGAAUCCAAAUUCACCGUCGACAGCAUCUACCCCAAAAAAAUAUCUAGACCAUAUUAUUCUAGAUAACAGAGAUAUCAUUAACGGUCAUGCCUCCAAUAAACAAAAAUUUAAGAUCCAGAAUAUUCUUAACUCGACCUUCUAA